CUCACCUACAUCACACAGUCAAUAUGCUUCUCAGACAGUCAGCAGUAAGACACCAUGGAGGUUACAACUUUCUGCGUCGCACUGUUGAUGAAUGCGUUGAUGUUGCUGGUUGCCCAUAUUCAGCAUGGUUAUCCUCAGACUCCUGUUUCAGAUUCAGCUUUUCGUAUUGUUCCAACCAGACUGCAGCUCUUUGAAUACGAGUCUGUCCACUUCACCUGUGAGGGGUUUAAUUUCUCAGCUGGGUGCAGAGUGAGAACCAUCAAGGAAUUCAUUCCAAAAUGUUCAAAUGACACAGUAACGUCAACAGUGACCUGCACCAUUGACUUUGUCUUUCCAUCAGACAGUGGAGAAUACUGGUGUGAAGCUGGAGGAGGAAAGAGAAGCAACACUGUCAACGUCACUGUCACCGCUGGUUCUGUGAUUCUGGAGAGUCCUGCUCUUCCUGUGAUGGAGGGAGACAAUGUGACUCUGAGCUGUAGAACCAAGUUGACUUCCUUCUCCAGUCUCAUCACCAAUUUCUAUAAAGAUGGCCGCCUCAUCGGGAGCAGUCCUACAGGAAACCUGACCAUUGAAAGUGUUUUCAUGUCUCAUGACGGCCGCUACAAGUGCAACAUCCCUGGAGCUGGAGAAUCACCAGAGAGCUGGCUGGCUGUCAGAGAAGAGAAUGGCUCUGUGACACAAAGUGAGGAUUCAAACACACAACGCGCAGACAGAACAGCAAAAACCGCUUCUACCAUCUCUCAAUCACCUAAUGAGGAGCCCAUCUCCGAUGACUCUGACCACCCUCAUCUCCAAUCACCUAAUAACCCCCCUUGUGCCCUCAUCCUGCUGUGGAUCACUGUCACUGUUUUCAUGGUGGCGUUGGUGCUGGUGGUGGGAUUCCUUCAUAUUAGGAGACACAAAGCUUCCUCAAAAACAACAGCAGCAGCAUCACACUCAGUCUGUGGACAGGACACUGAAGACGAUCCAGACGGUGUGACGUAUGCAGUCGUCGUCAAAAAAAACGAACAGGACAAAGAUGCUGGAGACGCCGCUGAUAAUGUGAACGUCUGCUUUGAGUCAAACCACACCAAACCACAGAGUGUAAGAGAAGAAGAUGAGUUCUCUUCACAAGUAGUUUACUCUGCUGUGACCAUACGUGAAACUCCACAAGCUCUCCAACGAGGAUCCAGCUCCACAGCAGCCGAAACAGAGCAGGAAUGUCUCUACUCAGCUGUCCUGAUGGCCACAGACAGCGGAGACGCCUGACUGAAGAAGGGAGGAGAGCCUGCGUGCUGAUGUGUGCAAGAGAAGAAAUCCUGUUGUGUUUUACAGCUUUGUGUUUAACGUAUUUGUGUCUUUCUGAAGUCUGUUAUUUCAUUUGACUACACCAUGUAUUCAUAUAAUUUCACUUUCACUGAAAAUGGCAAGUAAAAAAACAUGUUAUCCAAUAUUAUCCUGUAG